AUGUCUGAGGGACUGUUGACGCAGUGGCGGGAUCGUGUGGUUGAGGCGGAGACGGAGAUCAGUGUUGUGCAGGAGGACAUCACCGCCCUUGUGAAGCAACGCAAGGAGAUCAAACAAGAUAUUGGCCGAUAUGAUAAACUUGUACAGCGCGAAAAACAAGAAAUGUUGAAACGCCUAGAAGAAGUAGAAGGACAAGCAGAGGAAUUGGAGGGGAAAUGUCAGAAGACACUACAAAACAAAACACAGGUGGAGGAAUUAUAUGUAAAGACGUUGGAUAACUAUGAAUCUAUGCAUGCCAUUGUGAAGGAGAUUCAAAUGGAUGAACAACAAUUACAACAACGAGAGGAUUUUGAGGCAAAAUUACAAGAAGAAAGUUUAUUAUGGGCAGAAGAGGAACAUGGUCUCCGUACAAGGCUUAAUACAUUACAAAGUUCCCUUAAAAAACAACGAAAACAAUAUCAAGAAGAAAUUACAGCACUAGAGACAGAACUUGCAGCAGCUGAAAGACAACUGCAGAAAGUCCAAUCAGAACGUCAAGGGGAUAUACAACAACAGCAAGAACAACAACAACAAUUGUUACUACAUAUACAAGGUGGUAAACACAGUCGACGUGGUACCCCAAUCCCAACAGCACAAAAUUCAUUUUCAACAACACGUGAUGCGAAUCAUAAAGAACAGGAAUUUAUCUCUGCGAAUGCAUCUUCUAGCGUCCCAACACGUCAACUCCGUUCUUGCCUUAAAAAUAGUAACAACUCUACAUCAAACGGCAAUCAUACUUUGGACACCAAGAAUCAGCUAGGAUGUAACAGUAAUAAUAAUAAGAUUAACAAUAUUUACAGUGGUGGUCUCUCGGCAUCUCAAUGCCAGUCAGCCCCUGUUUCAAGAGCCACUUCACAAGCACUUGUGGCAGGCGAAAGUAAUGGACUAAUUCUACCAUCUGGUCUUACCACACCUCAUCGUGCUUAUUCUUAUGCGGCUGGUAAGAAGGCUGGGAACAGAAAACGUGAAGUUCUUGGAGAUUCGACAAACUUUUAG